UUGACGGAGCCAUUGGGACUCCAUUAAGUCACUUGAUACGGAUACUGGGACUUCUUUGAAGUCAUGAUUCGGCUUUCUUUGCCUGUGUUUAUGUUACUGUUUGUGCUACACGCUGUUGCUGUGGUGACGGCCAACUCUGGAGACUAUCUGGUGAGAAAAAAAAGAAUAUGGCUUCCCCAUCCAAAAAAUCUGACGGAAAAUAAAGACUACACUAAGCUGAAGUCUGUUGCCUGGAUACAUUCAGAUUUUGAUGAUGGCAAAGGAAAUAUUGAAUACUCUCUCGAAGGCAUUGGUGCAAACAAAUAUCCCUAUGGUGUGUUUGUAAUCAACCCUACAAGUGGACAUAUUCGUGUAACCCAAAUACUUGACAGGGAGGUCAUCGAUACAUACCAUCUGACAGGUGUUGCUAAGUACCGGGAUGGCACCCUUGCAGAGAAAAGCAUUCCUAUACGUUUUAAGGUUCAAGAUGAGAAUGACAAUGCUCCUGUCUUUGGAGAAAUCAAGCCUGGGAAGGUGAUGGAGAACAGUCCAGCAGGAACUCAAGUGAUGAAAUUAACUGCAACUGAUUUGGAUGAACCAGGGCAUAAGAACUCCAUGAUCGCCUAUAGCAUUGUAGAUCAGAAGCCAUCUGAUGGCAUGUUCUCCAUUUCCAAAGAUGGGACCAUCUUUGUUCAAAAAUCCACCCUGGACAGAGAGACAGCAGAUCAGUACACUCUGACGGUGAAAGGUCAAGACUUGAACGGUGCACCAGGAGGAAAUACUGCAAUCGGCACUGUUACUAUUAAUGUCAGUGAUGUGAAUGACAACCCUCCCACUCUGGAAAAAGAAGAGUACUCAGGCAGCAUUGAGGAGAACACAGAUGGUGUAGAGGUGAUGAGGAUCAAAGCAAAGGACCUGGACCUGAAGGACACAGAGAACUGGGAAGCUGUGUUUGACAUUGUCCAAGGCAAUGAGGCUGGGUACUUCAGCAUUAAAAAUGACCCCAAAACCAAUGAGGGCAUUCUAAUGCUGGACAAGGCUGUCAAUUAUGAGGAUGUGAAGGACCUUGAACUAGGACUAUCUGUGAGGAACAAGGCUCCCUAUGAUGGAAUUGGGACGCAUUCCGGAGCCACUAUAAGUCUAGGAGGGGGAGGGGGUGGGAUAGGGGGAGCAGGAGGAGGAGGAGGAGGAGGAGGAGGCGGGGGGGGGGGGAGGGGAGGAGGAGGAGGAGGAGGCGGAGGUGGAGGCGGAGGUGGAGGAGGAGGUGGAGGUGGAGGAGGAGGAGGAGGAGGAGGAGCAAUGGGGGCAGGUGGUGCUAUUAUUGGAUUUGCGUCUGGUAAAACCUAUCCAAUCAAAAUCAGUGUGAAGAACCAGCCUGAGGGCCCAUCUUUUGACCCCAAAGUCAAAGCUAUUCCCGUAUCAGAGGGAGGCCAGUCAAUUGACAUUAAUAAGGUUAUUGCCAGCUACCAAGCACUAGAUGAAGACACCGGGAAACCAGCUGACAAUGUCAGGUAUAUCAAGGGCUUGGACCCAGCCGGCUGGCUAACCAUCGACCCAAAGACAGCUGACAUCAAACUAAACAAAAGACCUGACAGAGAAUCUCCAUUCCUGGUCAAUGGAACAUAUUUUGCUGAAGUGCUUUGCAUUUCAGAAGACAUGCCUUCAAAAACAGCCACUGGCACAGUAGCCAUCCAGGUGAAAGAUUUUAAUGACCACUGCCCCAUCCUGACCAGUAACAUCGAGAAUAUCUGUAUCCCGGCCGAUGCUGUUUAUGUGAAUGCUAAAGAUGAGGAUUUAUUCCCUAACGGACCUCCCUUUCACUUUGAAAUCAUCCCAGAGGGCACUGAGGGCAAAUGGCAAGUCGAGCAUUUCAAUGACACUGCUGCUAUCCUGAGGGCCCAGGAGGCCUUGUGGCCUGGUUUCUAUAAGGUGUCGUUUCUGGUGAAAGACCAGCAGGGAGAGGCAUGUCCAGAACCACAAAAAGUGACAGUCCAAGUUUGUGAAUGUGAAGAUGGAGUGGUGUGUGGAAAACGAGGUGCCAGCAGUCAGCCCAGUUCAAAGUUAGGUCCUGCUGGCAUUGGACUGCUUUUCCUGGGCCUGCUGCUGUUACUAUUCUUGCUCCUGUUGCUUUUCUUCUGCCAAUGUGGGGAGUCUGUGGGUCUUCCACAGGGCUUUGCUGAGAUGCCUUUUGACACCAAAUCACACCUCAUUAACUACCGCACUGAGCACCAGGGAGAGAACACAGAGGUGCCACUACUGAGCAUACCUGACAACAUAAGUAAGGGCAUGGCACACAAUACUUCAACAAUAGCACCCAUAGGAGGCAUGGAUUUCCAUAAAUCUAUCACUUCCAUGGAUGGGCUGAACAGGGCUGCAUAUCAAGAAGAUUUUUCAAGUGACCACAGAGAAGGAACAUUGGGGAUGAUGAAGAAGUUGAGCGGAAGUGCCUUCUACUCUGAUUUUGAGAGGAGAGAAACAAAAUUGUAUGAUGGCAUGGCUCUACCAGACCACUUCUUGGAAGAGUACUACACUCGGAAAGUGGCUAGUGGAAACGAGAACCUUGGAGCAAAAGACAACCUUUUGGUUUAUGAUUAUGAGGGCAAGGGUUCCUGUGCUGGCUCAGUGGACAGCCUCAGCCUACCAGAUUCUGACAACAACUUGCAGUUUCUCGAUGACCUUGGGAAAGAGUUCAACACCCUUGCUGAGGUGUGUGGAGGCAAAAAGAUCCAAACUGAAGUCAAGCCAAAGUUCACUCCUCUGCCGAAUGCCUCCAUUAAUACUCACACCUCAGUAUCAAGUUUGAUUGCAGCUCCACAGCCUCCCCCUCCACCUAAGCUGCAGGUAGGCAUCCCCAAAACGGAGAGUCUGGUUAGAGAGACAUCUGAGCGUUCUCAGAUUGUGAAGGAAAGCACGACCACUGUGAGGGAAGGGAUGACUACUAUGAAGGAAGGGAUGGUAAAUCAAGGCCAGAUGCUCAUGCUACAGCCGCAGCAACAGCCUGUCUACUACACUACUGCCCCUGUACUGCAGCCGAUGCCAUACAUCAUCCAGCCACAGUUUCAGAACACCGUGCUACUGGCUGAGGCACCAGCCAACAACCUGCAGGGCAUGGUACUGGUUAAUGGCACCAAGACUGAACCUGCCCAAGGCAUGCUUGUUCAGGGACAGACAGUCACAUCCAGCACACAAGCCCAGGGCCCACACAUGGUGCUGGCGGAGGGGAGCAGGGUCCGGAAGGGAGGUGCCAACCUGAUCCACACUGGCAACGUCCCUGGAUCCCAGACCAUGAUGGUUGUGGAAGGCAAGGUCCCUGCAGGGUCACUGAAAGGCCUGACGGGGAGCCAGACCUACCUUGUCCAGGGGGGCACUCUGCAAAAAGGAGGGCUUUCAGGAUCUCAGAGUGUCCUGGUGGUUGGAAGUCCGACAAGCAGUGGAGGGCCGCUGUAUCAGGAGACAGGAAGUGUGUCCCAGAUGAGUGGCCUCUCUGGCUCUAAAAGAGUCCUCUGCAGCACAUCCACUGGCUGUCAGAGCAGCAUGGUGGGUUCCCCUACCACCACAACCCCCACCUAUCGCAAGGUGGUGGUAAAGGAGAAAUUCACUGAAUUGUGAUGUGGGAAAAGACUCUUUUUAAUGCAAUUAAAAAUACUAGCAAACCAACCUCUCAAGUAUUUUUAUGAGCAGCACUAAUGCAUGUUUGUGUCAGUUUAUUGGUGGAGGGUGUGCUGCAGCAGUUUGACGAGGAAUGAAGCUACAUGUUCCUGCAUGUUCAUUUAUCAAAGUCUCUGAUUGACACCAUAUAAAUAUUUUGCUUUCUGAGAGGAAUAUUUUUACGGUGUAGACUUUGGAGCCAAACAUAAAGCUGCACAAACUAUACCAAAUUUAUUUUUCUGUCCAGUAUUUCGUUUGGUUUGGCAAAAGUAUUUUUGUGAACAUAUUCUGCAUUCAUGAUCCAUUAUGUCUGUAAUUUGGCAUGCAGCAUGGGCAUAUAUACAUUAAAGAAGGUGGACAAUGUGUUGAA